ACACAUGACCUCAGUGUCCAGGCUGACUGGAGAACAGAGCCAGCUGUGUCAGAGGGUGAGCUCACCGCAUGGCAGGGAGAGUAGGUAACUGGCUGCUCCAUCCCCACAGACCGUCAGUGCAAACACAAAGUGACAAUCAAAAGGCUGAGAGGAGAGGAGAUGAAGAGGUAGAAGACAAGAAGAGGAGAACCAUCCAGGACCAGAUGUCCCACAAAGGGAGUAACUUCUGGACAGAUGUGUGAGGAAUGUCGUGGUAAAGGACCUUCACUAAAAGCUAUCCAAUAACCGAAAACUUCACUUAGAUGUCAUGAAGAUCUGUCAGACCUAAGGGACUAUAAGAGCUCCUGCCAUUUUACCAUGCUAAGGACCUGUGUCUGGUUUUGUGCUUUUCGUGGACUGUUGUAAUAAGACUGUAUGGGCUAGCAGAGGGAUCUGGCCAUGCUUGUUUCCACAGGGAAGAAAAGCUGGGAGGACCAAGUGACCCCAAGCUCAGGACUUCAGUACAGUUAUGAUGACCUAGACUUGGUCUGCUGCCAUGCUGUUAAUGGGGACAAAGAGGCAUCUUUUGGGCGGCAUGGUAGGGUCAGGUGUGCCUCAUUGCCCGAGUGUGGUCAUCACCAGCCUUGGAUGCUAACCUGCUCAAAGAAUGAUGUGGGAGAGGGCACAAAAUGGAUAAAGACAAUGGUACAGGAUUUUAAGGAUGGAGCUCCCCGUAGCAAUGAAGGCGAAAGGGAUCGACUAUUGACACCUGAGAGAAAGACUGUAGAUGGAAUAAAUGAGGCAGCAAGGCACAAGAUUGGCCAAGACAACAAGCUAGCUUCAGAUAGUGUGGCAGAUCAAGAUGAAUUACAACAGUCCGCUUUGGGAAAUUUGCAAACUCACAAUGAAGAUCAUAAUAAUAAGGAACUCAACAAGGAUGAAGUGUCUGCUCCCCCAAAACUGUCACUUUGUGUGCUUCCUAACACAGUGUUGGCUAAAAUAGAGGAAACGGGUGAUUUAUCAAAUGUGUUGAAGACUAAGGACACUAUAUUUUUAACUAACUCUAUAAAAGACUCUUCUGAACUAACUUUCAAAAGUGGAACUUUUAUAGAAUUACUUGAAAACAACAAAACAGAGGGAAGUCAGAACUUGUUAUGUGAACACAUGAGUGUCAUAAGCCCGAUCACAGACAUAAAUACUCCACCUCCCACCUCUGAUUCACAACAGAAAACUGCUGACACACACAAUAUUGUGCAAGGGCAAUGUUGUGAAACUUCUGAACAGGAUACUUUAAUAGUUGUCAAAGUUGAAUGCUCAUACACAGAUGAAACAAUGGUCCAUAACUGUGCAACUGAGGGUUUAACAUCAACUCUUCAUAUAACUGAUGCUAAUGACAUCCCACAGGGUCCACAAAACAAUGGAAACCAAGAGGCUGAUGGCCUUUUUGAGAGUUAUCAUCCUGAGAUGUUCAAAAUUGGAAGCCUUUGUCAACCCACUGGUGAAACUUCUCUAGUGGAAUCACAUGGACAAUUUGACACCAUAGAAAAGUGGCAAAACUGCUUCUCAAAACUUCAAACCAUACACGAGGGACCCUCACAUGAUUUGGGAGAGGAUGCUUCUGCUCAGAUCACAGCAGAUAUGCCAGAAUGUCCAACAUCUAGAGAGUUAAGAAACUCUUGUGAUAGUGAGAAUUUGACAACCCAGUCUGAAACCUCAUAUACUGAGGUUCACGGCUCAAGAAGAAAGGAACAUAGGUCCAAACCUGUAGAACAUCUGUUAAUCAAUGAAACACCUUUAACAGAUAAUGGAGUCAGGGCAGAGCCAGGCCCAACUAGAGGAGGAUCUCAACCUGAGGGACUCUAUGAGGAACAUAAAACAAAUCAAACUACAAAUACAUCCAAAGACCAUGAAAUGUUCCCAAAAUCUGAAGGCUCCCUCGUCAAACUUCGUAGAAGGAAGAGCUCACGAGAGGAGAGAGAAAUAGAGAGGUCCCGUUUGGACUCUAUGGUUCUGUUAAUAAUGAAGCUGGAUCAGUUAGACCAGGAGAUUGAAAAUGCUUUAAGCUCCAUCCCCUCCCUCAAUGGCACGCCCAACCUAAAAAGGCACAUCAUUUCUGAUGUUGAUUUGGAAAUGCUUGAUUCAGCAGGAAGUCUCUCCCAGUCCUUAAACGCCCCUCUUUAUCAAUCCUCAUCAUCAGUGUCUUCAUCAGGACCCUCUGGAACCUCUGAAUCUAGACCAAAAAAUGAGAUCUCUGCAGUACUUUCUGAGAAAGAGAUUGAGGCAAAGGAGGCGUGUUCAUGGCUGAGGGCUGCAGGAUUUCCACAGUACGCCCAGCUCUAUGAAGAUGGUCAGUUCCCAAUUGAGAUUUCCUCAGUUACCAGAGAUCAUGACUUCCUGGAUCAGGAUGCCAUUGAGGCAUUGUGCAGGAGACUGAAUACCCUUAACAAGUGUGCUCUUAUGAGAUUAGAGAUCACUCCUCAAAGAAAAAGAAGUGAGGACUCUGAUGAGGAUGAGCCAUGUGCUAUAAGUGGUCGCUGGACUUUCCAGCGGGACAGCAAGCGUUGGUCUCGCCUGGACCAACUGGACCUGGAUGUGUUCUCUACCCCAGCUGGAGAGACUUGCUCCUUACCUCCCUUCCUUCCCCAAGAUGAGCGUUUUACCAGAGGAUCCCUUCUAAAAGAGGGAGUUAAUGCUAGUGCUGAGAGUAUCUUAACAGAUCUAAGUGAGCAACCAGAGCUAGGCUCUCUUCACAGUGCUGGUAGUGGAGGUCGAGGCAUAUCUCUGAGUAAUACUGUACCAUCCAGCCCUGUUACAACCAUCUCCAAUGCUAACACAGCCACCACAACCAGGGCAAGCUCAGUUGCUAGCAUUUGUUCCUCUGGAACAUCAGGCGCCAAUGAAGACUCCAUGUCUGAUGGACUUCCAUCGCCACUGGAACGUGUUACCUUUGCGUUCGAUGUAAAACCCAGCUUGGUAAGUAGUGGUGCUGAAAAAAGCACACGUUCAAGAGCAAAGAGCUUCUUGAAGCGCAUGGAAAGCUUGCGGCUACGCACCAGCAGCAAUGCAGCUUCCAAUCGCAAGAAGAAAUGUCCAGCCGGACAAGGCAGAUUGGAGAUCAGUGGGCCAGUGCUGAAGGAGGGUCUUGACGAAGACAAACUGCGGAGCCUCAACUGUGUGGACAUUGAAACUCUGGAUCACAAUGCGAACCGAAACCGAAGCAUCUCUUAUUCAACACAGAUAAGCAGUGGGAGUGCAGGGAGUAGCCAAUCAGAGGCCAGCAGUGGGAGUGCUGUAAGUACUCCCAGUCCAGUCUCAAGAGCACGUAGUCACAGCACGGCAGCUGGGUCCACCAAAAGAGGUGGGAUGUACCUGGAAGGCUUUGACCCAUUUAAUUUUGUUGUUCUGAAACCUUCGGAAGACCAGGAAGAGAAACAGCACCACCAGAACCAGAGUAAGAGAAUGGAUCCCAGCACAACAGCUAAGAAUAACCGACACAACCAUCCGAGGUCAGAGACCAGGCAAGAGGAGGAAGAUGAGAGUAGGGAAGAGGAAAGAGGUGCGAUCUUCUUCUAUUUGCCUGAAGGCCACAAGCCUGGCACUUUUCCUAAAGCACUUGCAGAUGGGGGAUCCUACCGUAGUGGUGAUAACAUAAGUCACCGCCCACCCCGGAGGGGUUCUGCUUCCUCACUAGACAGUCGAUUGAGUAUCUAUGACAACGUACCUUUCUCGGAAAUGGGAGAUGAAGAGGAUGAGGCAGAAGGAGUGGAGGAGCCAAAACUGGAGGAUGUGAUAGGGCGAGUCAGUGGCCUGCAGCGACUGGUCAAUGCAUGGUCAGAGACAGGAACUGGGGAAGAGGAAGAAGAUGAAGAGGAAGGAGAUUCAGAUUCAGCCCUUGAUUCUGCAUCUCCCUGUCCAUUAUCCCCACUGCAGAAUCGCUUAGAAGAGACAGAGAACGGCAGCGAUCAGGACAGUACCGGAAACCCGCUAACAGAAAGGGAUGAGACACUCAGUGGACGCGAGAGAUGCGACUCUGGUGUGGGAGCAUCCCUUACACGAGCUAACAGACCUCAGAAGCUGCGCUGGCCAAGUUUCCAGAGCUCUCACAGGCCAAGUCUAUCGUCAACAGUGCUGCAAGUUGGAUGUCAGUCAGUUCUGCAGAUGAACCUCCUCCAGAAGUACAGCCUGCUUAAACUUACUGCUUUACUGGAGAGAUACACACCCACCAACAAACACGGCUUCAGCUGGGCCGUUCCCAAGUUCAUGAAGCGGAUAAAGGUUAAAGACUAUAAGGACAGGAGCGUGUUUGGAGUUCCACUGCAGGUCAUAGUUCAGAGGAGCGGGCAGCCUCUGCCUCAGAGUAUACAACAAGCCAUGCAUUACCUGCAGAGCCAAUGCCUCGACCAGGUGGGGCUCUUCAGGAAAUCCGGAGUGAAAUCGCGAAUCCAAGCACUUCGACAAAUGAAUGAAUCAUGUGGCACUGGUGGGGGUGGAGUCAACUACGAGGGCCAGUCAGCUUAUGAUGUGGCUGACAUGCUUAAGCAGUACUUCCGUGAUCUUCCGGAGCCUCUGCUUACCAGCAAACUGUCUGAUACCUUUCUGCAGAUUUAUCAAUAUGUUCCCAAAGAGCUGCGUCUGCAGGCGGUGAGGGCCGCUGUUUUGCUGUUACCCGACGAGAACCGCGAGGCAUUGCAGACUCUGCUGUGCUUCCUGAGCAAUGUGACGGCCAGUGUGGAUGAGAACCAGAUGACCUGUACCAACCUGGCCGUGUGUCUGGCCCCAUCUCUCUUCCACCUCAACACAUUGCGGAGAGAGAGCUCCUCUCCCAGGGUUAUGAACAGAAAGAACACCCUAGGAAAACCAGACCAAAGGGACUUAAACGAGAACCUGGCUGCCACACAUGGCUUGGCGCACAUGAUACAGGAGUGCCGAAAACUCUUCCUGAUUCCAGAGGAGAUGUCACGCUGUAGGAACUCUUACGUGGAGCAGGGACUGAGUCCCAUGAGAAUGGAGGUCCUGAUGGAAGACUGCGGGUCUCAAAGCUACAAGAAUCUGCUCAAAGACUGUCUGGAUGCCCUGCUGAAAGAAGCCAAGGACAAGUUCAAGGGUUAUGACAGCUGCUCGACUCCUGAAAAUGCUGAACUUGCUUGUAAGAAGUUUCAGGAUGGAUCAUCUCUACGGCAGUGGAAAGUGUGCGUCGAGGUGCCUGCAUCGGCAGAGGAUGUCUUGCAACAGAUCCUACGAGAGCAGGAACGCUGGGAUGAGGACCUGUUAGAGUGCAGGGUCGUGGAGACACUGGAGCCUAACGUGGAAGUAUAUCAGUACAUCAGGAACUCAAUGGUGCCCCAUCCACCCCGAGACCAUGUAGUGCUCAGGUCGUGGGUAACUGACUUGCCUAAAGGAGUGAAUGCUUUGGUGUGCAUGUCAGUGGAUCAUGAGCGUGCAGCGAUGUUGGGUGUACGUGCUAAUGUUCUGACCUCUCACUAUUACGUUGAACCUUGUGGACCCAACAAGAGCCGACUCACGCACAUCUCAAGAAUAGACAGCAGGGGUCGUUGCCCUGAAUGGUACAAUAAGCUUUAUGGCCACCUGUGUGCUUCUGAGGUGGUGCGGAUACGAAACUCCUUUACCUGCCUGGACAAAUAAAUACGCACAUACACACACACACACACACACACACACACACACACACACACACACACACACACACACCUGGAGUGUGCUUUGACAGUUAAUUUUUCCACUCAACAAACUCUUAUGUUGAAGAGGAAUAUGAUAAAUAUUUCAAACUCCCUGAACAACAAACAGUCUGAGCCCGUUACAUGAUAUGGAAAGAAUGUGACUGUACCUAAACCUACAAAGGUCAAAGGUCUUGCCAUUUUGAUUGCCAUGGCGAUACAUCAAAUGACAAGUCUGAAAGACUAGAAAUGGGUGUGCCUGCUGCUUUGACAUCAUCACUGACGUCACAAUGUUUGACCUCAUACUGAUUAUGUCAUAGUGUGACAACAUGAGGCGGGAGGUGCUAUUGCUUCUGAGAAGCUUGUAUGGAUGUGUAUUGUGAAUGAUUGUUAACGUGAUUGUGUGUGAUAUGAUAAGUUACAUGGAGUAUAUAUGGCACAUUCUGUACUUACAGUAUGUAAAUGUGUGAUGUAUGCAUGAAUUUAUUGACAAAUGAGAAAUAUUCCAUGCACUGGCACCCUGCUGCAAUAUAGUGUUACCUAUUUCUGUUUGUGUGUGUGUGUGUGUCACUGUUACACAGUUAUAUAAGUGUCUGCAAAGCUGUGUACAGUGCUUUUGUAAUGUUUGUUUAUGUCUGAGUGAGUGGACGGAUGGAUGGAUGGAUGGACGAAUGGAUGGAUGGACGGAUGGAUGGAUGGACGGAUGGAUGGAUGGAUGCAGAGAACAGAUGGUGGUGGCUGGAACACCUAAGAAAAGAACUGCAGGAAGUGUUUGAUAGAGGAAGACUAGUGCAUGUAGAUAAUGUUAAACAGAGGGUUCCAACGGCACCAAAGCCAAUACAAAUACAGCGAUGGACCAAUUCCUCAAUGUGUAGAGUAGAGCAAAGUCAGAACAUAAAUUCGGUUUUCUCCCAGAGAUCUGUGUUUGGACGACUUGAUUAUAAUUCUUUAGUACUCAAAGACUAAUCAAAGAUCUCAACCGUUUUUAUAUCACAGUCUAAGAAGAGUGAGUUAUGAAAAACUCAAAAGGACAGGACAAUAAUUCAGAAGCAUUUUGUUUAGGUUGAAUGUUAAAUGUAUGACUUUAGGAAAUCAUAGUGAACGAAGGCUACCAAGGGCAGAAAUUUUGACCGAUCAGAAGAUGGUAGAGAAUGUAUGACAAAUAAGUUUAUGUUUGUAUGUCAGUGUUAACCAGAAAUGAAGUAAAAGUCUAAAUUAGUAACAAAGUUUGCAUUUACACUUAAAACUACACCCAGGGCUAUGGUCACACAGCAGGACAGAGUAGAAGUUCUGUGAUUAACAGAUUUCCAUCUAUGUCCUAUUUUACACUGAUCUCAUUCACUAGUAACACACAAUUUUAGUCGAACUGUCUGAUCAAGAAUCAAUUUUGGAGAUGCUGGUUCUUGACCAACAUGAUGGUUCCCAUGAGCCCAGCACUCCUGUUAUGACCUGCUGUUUGACUAUCAGCCUUGGGUUUGAUGUUAAUACUAGAUUUACUACUACUUACAGUGCCUGUACAUGACAGUGUAUCAUAAAAGUGUGUAAAUUAAGUGUAUGCUGCCAAACUGAGAAUAACGCAUGACAAUGACAGUUAAUUUAUACUUCUCUGUAUUUAUAUCACUCAUAUCGUGUUUUUAUAUGUAUCUUAUUUUAUUGUAAAUGUUACACUCUAAGUUACAGAAAUGAGAAAGUUCUUUAUCUUUUUUAUUAUUAAUGUUAUUUCUGUACAGAUUAAUCAUGGUCAAAA